AUGGUUCGUCUAUCUUUCUCUGCUAUCUGUAUCGUCGCGCUGGCAUCCUCAGCGUUGGCGACCCACGAUGUGUUCGAAAAGCGCGCAAAUAUAGAGAAUGGCUCUCCCCUUUAUGACUGCCAUGAAGCAUGCGGUGAGGUCAUCUUGAUGGCCCAAGAGGGCAGUUACUGCUCCAGCUCCAACUACAGCUCGGAUCUCAGCAGCUGUCUGAAAUGUGCCGAAACUUGCGAAAUUUGGCAAUACUACGGCACUGAAGUCAAGUAUGCUGCUGGGAACUGCAGUGACUCUGCGACUCCCAGCUCUUCCUCGUCUGCGAGCUCUUGUGCGUCCACUACUGUGGCAUCAACUGCGACUAACAUGGCUGCGACGGCUACUUCUACUGCUACUGGUACUACUACGGGCACUGCCUCUGCCACGGGAUCUACUGCGACCUCUAGCACGGGUGCAGGAUCUGUUAUUCACCAAAAUAUUGGUCUAGCCGGUGUUAUGGGCCUUUUCGUUUGGGGCCUGACUGCAUAA